AUGUGUCGGUGUACUUGCCGCACAAUGUCUAUGGAACAAGAGAAAAGUGUAAUGACUCAUGGUUUCAUUUUCUUUUCUAUUAUGCAAACAAUUACUGUCGUUAUUUUAUGUUCGAUUUCAAUGGCUUAUUUAAGUUCAGGUAACGUUUCAUACUUUUUACCAGUUGACAUUGUUACAUUAAUGAUCGGUAUUAUUUUCCUCAGUAUCAUCAUCUUAAUUGUUGGCUGGUCUUCAGCUUUAAAUAAUACUGCAUGCUUAUGGAUGCUCUUCCAUGUUUUCAUGUAUUGCUUACUUCUAAUCGAGAUGCUUGUUUCCAUGCUUACAUCAAACGUUAGUUCAUUUGUUGCAGCUGCAGACAAAGAAUGGGAAAAAUCCGAACCUUCAGAAAGAUUUCGCAUUGGACUUGAUUUAUCAUGCUGCGGAUUUUGGAACUCAACAGAUCGUAAUGCUACAGUUUGCCAGACUGGUGUUAAAGCCUGCUCAGCUGUAAUUCGUACUAUUAUGACAAACCUCAGAAAUACAGCAUCUGUUGCUCUUUUUGUAUGCUUCGUUUUCGGAAUGUUCAUUGAUUUUGCAGGUUGCGGAAUCUGCUUCCAUCCAGAUACGAUUACGUUCGCAGAACACGAGCAAGAAGAAGCACUUCUUGUCCCUGCGAUUGUUGCUAAUGCUAGUACUUAUAAGAAUCUUAAUUAA